AUGACCGAAAAUUCGAAGAACAACAUUUUGAGCCAGGAUCCAUCCACGCUCUACGACGAUGCAUCGGCGCUCCUGACCCUUUCUCGAGGACGUGAAGAUUCUCGUGCUGGGGAGCUCGGUCUCGCCAGAGGAGCUGAUCGCACAUCGUUGGCAUCAAAACCAGACUUACUGCCGAACGGCUCAGAACCUCGAUCACCGGUCAGGAACCAUGGAAUAGAUUCGCAACUACCCUCGCCCAGGGGCAUGACUUCACUAGCGGCCGAAAAGUCUGAGAUGACAUCAAGUCCGGCCUCCUCUCGUUCCGCUUCUAGCAAAGGAAUGGUCGCAGCUGCUGCUUUGGCAGCUGCUGCCACAGUGCCGCUCCCGCUGAAAAAACAGGAUCAAGAUAAUCAAGAGAUCGAAGAACAUCCAGGGAGAAAAUCCUCCAGCAAGCGUAAGAGCUCAUCCGACUGGCCGGUACCCGCGAGUUAUAUCGUUGACCCUGAUGCGGGCGUCAUUACAUGCAUAUGUGGCUUCGACGACGACGAUGGAUUCACUAUUCAAUGCGAUCAUUGUAACCGAUGGCAGCAUGCCAUUUGCUACGGAAUCCGCGACAUUGAAACAGCUCCAGACGAUCAUCUGUGCAGCACUUGUCAUCCACGGAAAGUUGAUGCUAAGAGGGCCAAGAGGAAGCAACAGGAAAGACUGGGUCCUAAGAAUAAAAAGCGGAGGCAAAAGAGCAAUCAGGAAGAUGAUCAGAAUGCCAAAGCUUCGAGUUCAAACAGCACGGCGCAGUCGGCCAAUGUAACCGCAACAGGCGUCAACGAAGGCGAACUUUCAACGGUCUCUGAAUCGAAACCCAUAGAAAAGUUGCUGACUGCAGCAGAACAUUUCUCGCUUGUUUACGCUCCUCUUUCCUCCAGUCAAUAUAAGGAUGCUUACGUCAAGAAGUUUUUGGAUACUCACAGUAACGAUGAUUGGGUCCUACCUUACAAUCAGUCUACUUUUAAAGCUUUACCAUUGGAGGUGAGACCAUAUGAGGAAAAUGCACGCAAUUUUUCGGGCCUUCCGAAACUGGGAGUUUACCUUUCUCGAGAAUGCCCAUCUGGAACGUUUAUCGAGGAGGUGCUGGGAGACGUUGACUUCAGUUCGCACUAUUACAAAGAUCCGAGAAAUGAUUACAGGAUAUAUGGAACGACCAAACCGAGGGUUUUCAUGCACCCCAACUGGCCUGUUUGUAUCGAUUCGAGGCUCUCCGGUAAUUUCACAAGAUUUUUGCGGAGAAGCUGUCAGCCGAAUGUGGAGCUGGUAUCCAUUCGAAUGAAAUCUGAUAAGCCAGAUGUCAGAUUUGUGUUGCGUGCGCUGAGAGACCUAGCGAGUGGAGAAGAAUUGCAUAUCGGAUGGCAGUGGGAUUUGCGACACCCUAUUUGGCAUCUCAUCAAGGGCACCAAUAAAAAUGUUGAUUCGCUGGACGAGCAGAACAAGUUCACAUUGGUGCAUUCUAUUGACACGAUACUGGGGACCACGGACUGCGGUUGUGGCAAGAACAAUAGAGACUGCUUUCUACUGAAGGUCAAGAGGUACAGCCAGUCGCUGGUCAAGUCUGCUAAGUCCAAGACAAAUUCCAGAUAUAAGUUGGGAGAAAUUUUACAAAACGCUCAAGCGAAAGCAGGCAAGAAGCCUCAGACUUCUAUAUUAUCGAGAUUAACGCACGAAGCCAUGAUCAGCGCAGAGCGCGCAAAUGAGAUGCUUGUGGAUUUCCAUGCGGCCAGGAUAAAGUACUCGAAGGACCAGCGGCCACACUUGGGUGGUGGUCAUGAAGAUGAUGUUUCUCAGUCGCCCAUUGUAUCUCAUCCUAAACCAUACAAAUUUUUCCUCGUUGACAGACAUUUUACCGUUUCGCGGCCCGGGCCCGCUACAGACGCUUACCAGAAGAAAACAGAAAACUACGGGACUGACAAAGUCGCUACCACAACGAAACCUUUGCAAUAUGACGAAUCGCACAUAACAGACCUAGGAGCACUACCUCUGCCGAUCGAAUUACAGAUUCCCUUGGCUUCGUCAACACUUUCGAAUGCGUCCGAAAAGUCCCCCACCGUUCCGCCAAUUGCCAGCACGUAUGAUCUGGCCUCUUCGUCUCUCGUGGGGGGUGUGACGGCUCCUGCUGCCAUCACUUCUGGUUCUGGUUCUGGUUCUGGUUCUACAGAAAUACACAACACAUUGAAAAAGAAGCUGAGUUUUGCCGACUACAAGAAGAAGAUGAAGCCUGUAUAG